AUGGCGGGAGGAGGUGGUGGCGGAGACCGCUCCCUGCACGACACUCCGACGUGGGCCGUCGCCGGCGUCUGCUCCAUCUUCAUCAUCUUGUCCAUUCUCAUCGAACAUGCCAUUCUCAAACUUGGAAAGUGGUUCCAGAAGCGGCAGAAGAAGGCCAUGAUUGAGGCCCUGGAGAAGGUUAAAGCUGAGUUGAUGUUGUUAGGGUUUAUAUCUCUUAUGCUCACGGCGGGAACGAGAGCAAUUCCAAGGAUAUGCAUCUCCCACGAACUCGGGCGGACAAUGCUCCCUUGCAGCACCACUAGCGAUUUGGCAGUGUCAAAAGAGAAAGGCAAAGAGGGCAGCGGCGACGACAGAAGAAAGCUCUUGUCCUUCGAUGGAACAGGGGAUAUGGGUUCAUCGUGGCAUCGAAUGUUGGCAGGGGCAGAAGGCGGCGAGGAUUACUGUUCCUCAAGGGGGAAGGUACCUUUGAUAUCCGUAACAGGGGUGCAUCAGUUGCACAUAUUUGUGUUCGUGCUGGCCGUUUUCCAUAUCAUGUACUGUGUCAUUACCAUGACCCUAGGGAGAGCCAAAGUGAAGAAAUGGAAGACAUGGGAGUCAGAAACUUCUUCUGAGGAGUACCAAUUUACCAAUGAUCCUACAAGGUUUAGAUUGGCGCAUCAGACUUCCUUCGUAAAGCGACAUUCUGGCAUUUUCGCUGCACCCGGGAUCAGAUGGGUUGUUGCAUUUUUUAGACAAUUUACCGGUUCAAUCACUAAAGUGGAUUACUUAACCAUGAGAAAUGGGUUCAUCAAUGCACAUUUAAAUUCGAAUGCCAAAUUCGACUUCCAUCGAUACAUAAAGAGGUGCAUGGAAGAUGACUUCAAAGUGGUCGUUGGUAUUAGUUUCCCACUUUGGAUUUUCGCCAUACUCUUCAUGCUCCUAAAUGUCCAUAGUAAAUUUCUCUCUUUCCGACUUUCCCCCCUCUCUCUCUACAUACUUCUGGUGGUUGGUACCAAACUGGAACUUGUCAUCAUGGACAUGGCUCAGCAGAUCCAAGAAAGAAGCACAGUGGUUAAAGGAGCUCCAAUCGUUGAACCCGACAACAGAUAUUUCUGGUUCAAUCGACCUCACUGGAUCCUCCUCUUACUCCACUACACUCUGUUCCAGAAUGCGUUUCAAAUGGCGUAUCUAUUGUGGAAUUGGUAUGAAUUCAAGUUCAACAAUUGCUUCCGUGAAAACAAGGUGGCAAUCCUGGUCAGAGUUUCCCUCGCCAUUAUCCUUCAGUUCAUCUGCAGUUACAUCACUUUCCCUCUCUAUUCUCUAGUCACACAGAUGGGUUCCAACAUGAAGCAAGCGAUCUUCGAGGAGCAAACAGCGAAGGCGCUGAGGAAAUGGCAGAAGGCGGCGCAAGACAGGAAGAAGUUGAGGCAGGCAGGAGCGAAAGGCGGCGGAGGAGGAGGAUCGGUGUUGACCAGCGGUGAGACGACACCGAGCACGACGGCGUCUCCGGUGCAUUUGCUUCACAAUUUCAAUCACCGAUCGACUCAGCAUGACAUUGAGGAUGUCCCCUGUGCGCCGUAUUACCACUCUGACACCGAUGCGUCGGAAUUCGAAUCCGGCGGUGGUGGAUCCGAUCGGAAUGGGCACGUUGAUGAAACCCGACGGCGAGAUGAACAGGAGAAGAUCAAUCAGUCGGAGUUUACUUUUGUACAACUUUGA